CAUCGGCCGUCCUCUUGUCCCACAGUGCAGCGCCUGCCGGACCCCCCCCGGGGAGAGCGGGGCCCCCAUGAGGGGCAGGAAUCCCUCAGAGGACACCGGGACCCCCAUGGAGAGCAGGACCCCGAUGGUGACCAGCACCACCUUGGGCAGCGAGACCUGAAAGGACACCGGGACCCCCACGGACACCGGGACCCCCCCGGGCCGUACCGUUACCUCCUGGUGGUGCCCCGCACAGGGGCUCUCCGCCAGCGGCUGCAGGUGCUACGGGCGCAGCUGCAGCUCUCCCUGCACUCCCCGCUCUCGGCGCAGCUCUGGGUCAGCAUUUACUCCCCUGGGGGUCCCGGGGGGGCCCUGCGGCUGCUGCACCACCGGGAGGUGGACCCCCGCUCCCACCGCCUGGAUCUGACGGCUCCCAUCCGGCACUGGGCCGGGGGGCACAGCGCUGCGCUGCGCUUGGAGUUGACCUUCGGUGCCAACGUGUCAGCUCCGUGGGACGGCUCCGGAACCGGGCACGCGGUUCUGGAGGUGGAAACGUGGGACGCUGCGGGGCGGGGGCCGAGGAGACGGCGGGGGCUGGAGGAGGAGUGCGGCAAGAGCGAGGGGAAGUGCUGCCGGCGGGUGCUGAAGGUUUCCUUCCAGGAGAUCGGCUGGGACGACUGGGUGCUGGCCCCGCGCAGCUACGACAUGCGCUUCUGCCAGGGCUCCUGCCCGCACAACUACCGUGCCGCCAGCAUGCACGCGCAGAUCCAGGCCCGCGUGCACGCCCUGAGCCGCGCUGCCCCCGCGCCGUGCUGCGUGCCCGCUGCCUACGACCCCAUGGUGCUGAUGCACUACGAUGCAGAGGGCAGGUUGGUCAGCUCCGUCUUCGAGGACAUGUUGGUCACCCGCUGCCACUGCGCCUGAGGGCACCGCGCCGGGAUCGGCACCGCCGGGUGGAAGGAUCUGUCACCUUUGGAUACAUGGACUGGUGCUGCUGGGUGUAGGGCUCCAUCUCCUCUGGAUAUAGGGCUCCAUCCCCCCCCAUCUAUAGGGUUCCAUUACCUCUGGAUAUAGGGAUCCAUCAUCUCUGGCUGAAGGGAUCUCUCACCUCCUGCUACGGCGAUCCAUCACCUUUGGAUAUAGGGAUCCUCAACCUUCUGAUAUAGGGACUGUCACCUCCAGACAGAGGGUUCCAUCACCUCUGGAAAUAGGGACUCAUCACCUCCGUCUAUAGGGACCCAUCAUCCCUAGAUACAGGGAUGUCCAACCUCCAGCUGUAGGGUCGCAGCAGCCCCCAGCCCAUCCCAGUGGCACCGACCCCCAGGGACACAGACCCCACUGCCAUCACUCCAUGCUGUAACUUAUUCCCCUUCCCCCUUAUUUAAAGCAUUGGUUCGGUGGGAGGAGCGCACCCCGCCGCCGCGCCGGCUCCUCUCUGCACGAGCCUUUUUUAUACAGUCCUUUAUUUAUUGCUCAUUAUUUAUUGCAUUGUACAGCAGAAUGCUUUGUUGGGAUUUUUUUUUUUUUAUAUUUAUAUAUUUCUAUAAACCAGAUCGCGAUGUAAAUGAAUAAAGUGAUGGGAACAGGGCGCCAGCAGCUCCACCCCAUGCGACCGCGUGCCUCCCCCUCCCCCCCACCCGCUGUCUCCAUCCAUCACCUGUGGGUGAGUCAUGUGUGGGCACUGCUCCCGCAGCACUUUGCCCCCACUGUGUCCUUGGGGCAGGUGCUGGGACAGCCCUGAACCCAUCUGGGACAUGGUGCUGUCAUUUACUGGUACCCACAGCCAGGGGACGUGGGGAUGGGGGACAUGGGACAGGGGAGCAUAGGACAUGGGAUGGGGACAUGAGAUAUGAGGACAUGAGAUAUGAGGAUGUGGGACAUGGGGUGGGGGGACAUAGGUACAUGGGGAC